AUGCAUCGAUCAAGCAUCAUCAACAAAGCUUACGCCACGGAAUCUAUAAUGCCACUCGUCGGUCACGAGUGCUUGGCGACUGACAUAGCCAAUCCACUCCAGACAGAAUGUCCCAGUCCCGAACCGAAGCAAUCUGCUUCAUCAUCUCAGAUCGCUUCGUUAAUCAUGUCACGUCAGAGAGAGAAUCAAGCAAUCAUCAUCGUCCCUGCGGAGGUCGCUGCACCACAUACAAUUCCGUUCUUGCCUGUUCGGCCGAUCCUCGCCUCGGUUCAUUCCCCAGCAGUCUAUUCUAGAUUGCUUUUAGCCGCCUAUAUUGAUGGCAUUCUCCCGCGGGAGGUUCAUGUCCAUCCUGGUGUGCUUCUGCAGAGCGAAUUCUGGACAUCGGCUCGUCUGCCAUCCAUGGAGGUUGCCAUGGAGGUCCUGGGCCUGCUACAAUUGGAUACAGUGCAAGCAGAGGAACGUCUUGUCCUCCACGCACUCAAAAGACUACAACUGAUGAUGAAAUUCUGGCAAAUGGAGCGUGAUGGGUCGAAUGCCAAACCCGAAGACAUGAUCGCAGCCACCGGGAUGGUGCUCGCCUCCGAGCUUGUUCAUGCGUUGGUGAAUCGGAAAUCUUUCAAGCUUGGAGAGUCGCGGUGGUUGACGAUCAUGCAAGACAUUCAGUCUGGCGGUUCGGACGCAUUGCUAGCCAUCGCUGUCGGCUUGCCUCAGAUUCUGGAACUGGCGGAUUGGUUCUGCACGACUGAACUUGAUUCUCGACGGGCUCACACACCGCUGCCGCUCCUACUCGCGAUGUACGACAGAUUCCGCAGCUGGCUUUCGGCGUACUAUGCGGCCAGCGCCCAUGAGCCGCACAAAGAAUCCGGGGUGCUGCAUUUCGCAUCUCUGCUAUCUUUCAACUUCCACUCAUUGUACUGGAUUUGCCAAAUACUUCUCACAUCUGCCGUGAUGCGCAUUGCAGAUACGCGCAUGGACCGAAGUCCAGACGAUACAGAAGCUGCAGGCAUUGCGGAAAUGUCCAAAGGAUUUGCGACCCAGUACGCCGAUCAGCUCUUUGAAAGCCUUGAAUAUGUUCUUGGUGCCACCAGCGGAAAUAUUUCAAGGGCGGCUGCUGUGCGAUUCCCACUGCAUGUGCUUCAGCUUUGGUACAAGCAGUCUGAUCAGUACGAGAAGUCGGCCGAGUGUGUCGAGUUGGAGAAGUCGAUUCGAUUAUCGUCGCCCGUCCUUUCCGUCUACAUCAUCAUGAAGCGGAGCCCGGAGACGGAUCAGCCUGAUCGACUGGAGCCGAAAGCAGGCCUGGACGUGAGCUCCAGACUCAUCAAUGAUUCGGGAACAGAUUCCAGUCACAAGACACGUUUGCGAAGCUGGAAUGCGCCGGUCUCGAUCUUGACCGCGGUGCUUGUCGGCCUCUUGAUUGCUCUUGCACACCAUUUCACGAACGAGUAUCUAGACGGCAAGGCUGUUGACGAUGUCUACAUUUCGCAAUCCUGGAUAACGCGCAUCGGGACUGGACUGGCCUUCGUAGCGAAGCUCGCCUUCACUGUCGCCGUGGAGAUAGCCUUCGUGCAACAUCAAUGGCAGAGCUUCCACCGCCAGACAUUCAGAAUCGACGAAGUGGACACGCUUACAGGGGCACUGGGAAAUAUUUUUGGUUUAUUGCAGAGCACGGUCUGGUUCAGGCAUCCGUUACUGGCGUUCCUUGUUCUAAUAGCGUGGACAAUCCCGAUAGCCGCAAUUGUCACGCCAGGCGCGCUAUCAGUCUCGCCCAGCGCACAGGUUCGUGUUGCUGAUGCCUCAGUGCCACAACCUAACUUCAACACCUCUUGGUAUGCAGAGAGACAGGCAGGAGGAUCAUCGGCGGUACCAGGAGUGUCGAAUAGUUACAGUAUUUCCGCGGCAGCUGAUCUGUACAAGUUGGGCUUCACAGCUGCAGCUGCCAGCGAACCGGUCUCUUUGUCAUUCUCGCAGCCCAACCAAACAUACCAUUUGGACUUCUACGGUCCCGCAGUCAAGUGUGCUGCCGCAAAUGACUCGGUGAUCUACAACACCACCAUGUCACUGGGAACGAACCCUUACUCAGGAUACACCUGGCGCUAUGCCUCGUGGGUCUCAGACGCAUACGCAGCCUACCAGGUGGCCCCUUCUGGAAAUUACUACAACUUGUCAACCUCCGAAAGGAGCCGAAGCCCGGCUACCGUGGACUACGCCAAUACCGAUGCCGCACGAAUCUACGUCAUGACCAAUACUGGCAACUGGAAUGUAACGAGACGCAAGCAUGCCAAUGGAGAUCCCGACGCGAGCAAUAUAUACACCAAUCCAGAAAUAGUGCAGGUAAACGUUACGGAGUGUCUACUCUACAAUGCCAGCUAUGGUGUAGACUUCGAGUUCCAGUACCCGAAUCAGACCCGUCAGAUAACUGUGAAGGAAUGGUUUCACCCAGUUGCAGCCGUCGGAAGCAAAGCCGAUGAAUUAGAGAACAUAGCCUAUGCGGGCAUGAUGAAAGUGUUUGGCACAUUACUGGUCGGGACGAUAUCUUACAACCACUACUCAAUCACGUCUACCCUCUCUACCAGCUGGAACAUCAUCACCAUCAUGGACGAAUACAGCGAGAAAGUCGAGUCGGGUCUCGAGCAACUGUUCCAAAACUACACAUUGAGCCUCCUGAGUAACGACCUCUUCAUCAAAAACGCUUCGACGGGCGCCGAGCAAGUCCCGGUGACGACUACAACAUACCCUAUUACGUAUAAGUACGAUCGCAUAGAUCUCCUACUCCCGUACGGCUUGAGCUUGCUGUUCGCAUUGCUCAGCAGUGCCAUCGGUCUGCGAGCUUUCCGAAUUAAUAAUGCGAGUUACAAGAACGUCUUCUCCACAUUUCUUCGCGCGACGAAUGAUCAAGAGCUUCGAGCGGCUAUUUCUAUAGGCGACAAUGGUGCGGAUCCGCUGGGAAAGGAUAUUGCGAAACUGAAGAUUACGAUGGGCGAUGGCAGUUGA